GUAGCUCGUCUUAGGGGUGUCCACGAUGGCCUGUUUACUGGUCAGAUUGAUGCAGUAGAUACCAGUGCAGCAACGUAUCGUGUGACCUUUGACAGAAAUGGGCUCGGCACACACACUGUUCCUGACUACGAAGUGCUUAGUAAUGAACCUCAUGAGACGAUGCCCAUAUCUGCUUUCGCUCAGAAACAGAGGCCACCUCGUUUCCAGAACUUUCUGACCCCACCCCGCGGGUCCUAUCCCGGCUCAACCCAGUCCAUCUUAAUGGAUAAUGACCCUCUGUUCAGUCAAUCCCCCUGGAGAAGUAAACUGACAGGAACUGAUGGAGAGACACUGGGUGGCUUUCCUGUCAAGUUUCUUGUGCAAGUGACACGCCUGUCCAAAAUCCUCAUGAUUAAAAAAGAACACAUUAAGCAUUUGAAGGAGAUGAACACAGAAGCUGAGAAGCUGAAGUCCUAUUCCAUGCCGAUCGGAUUGGACUUGCAGAAGAGAUACGCCACAACAGUACUGGACCUGGAACAGCUUAAUAAAGACCUCAACAAAGUCCUUCAUGAAGUAAAGCAGUUUUGCUAUGAGCUGGCUCCAGAUCAGGGCAUGCAGCCUGCAGAUCAGCCCAGUGAGUUGCGACGGCGCUGUGAAGAAGAGUCACAGGAAGUUGUGCGUCAGAGUAAUGCAUUGCCUGAUGGGGAGCAACGUGUCCAGAGCCCCAGCCUCACCCAACUCGUCUCUCGUCUUACGGCACUCCUCCUGCAGAUCAGGUGUUUGGCCGAAGGGGGAGACUUGAAUUCAUUUGAAUUCAAAUCACUCACAGACUCUCUGAAUGACAUAAAGAGUUCAAUAGAUGACUCCAACCUGAGUUGUUUUCAGGAUAAUGUGGAGAUCCAUGUAGCACACAUACAGAGCGGGCUGAGCCAGCUGGGUAACCUCCAUGCUUUCUCUGCCAACAACACCAACAGAACGUGACUGAAAUAAACUUGCACACCUCCCAAUCUCAAAUACAGACAGCGACGCACCUCUUCAGCUCAUCACUUUGUUCUUUUGUGUUCAUUCUGUUUGACAUUUAUGAAAGGUCAGAAUGUAUGUUCAGUAACUGUACCUGCACAAGCAGUGUUAAAAUUCUCUGCCUGACUAGUCUGAAGAUGUUCAACUAGCUAGCAAAAAAAGUGGAGUGUGAAGCUGUUUUGUAGAUGUAACUGUUUGAUGUCAUUUCAGCUGUUGCUCACGUUCAAUUUGAUAUUUAAGUUUGCCCUUAUUUUUAUUAUUGGUGGUUUCCAACUAGGGUGUAUUUCGAAUGACACUCCUGAUUGGUGCAGUUUGUUGGACUGAAACUAUUUUGUAUAAUUUUAUUUCCUCUAUUUCUCGAAGUGUAUAACUUUGAAUGUCCUGAGAGAUGAGGUACUGUUCUGUCUGUUUUAAACUGUUCUGUAUGUUUUAAAUAUGUACAUUGUAGAUAACUGUACAGUUCACUCAAAAUAUAUCAAUAAAUCGAUCAUAUAUAGGGUAAUGUGGACAUUUUUUGACUUGCCAGAUUUAGGUAUUUUUGCAAAGCAACCAAUCGGUUUAUACAAGUCCUGUAAUAGACAGCUGUGUGGAAUGAAACAGUUUGUCUUGUCCUUAGAAGAAGAAAUAAUCACCCAAAUGCCCUACUGGUGUAUGUUUUAAAUGCGUUCGUUUUCUGUGGGGUUGUUUUUUUUAACCUGUAAGUGUAUGCAUGAGAGACGUUUGUAAAUAAAUUGAUUUCUAUUAUCUUCAUAAAGGCUCAG